AUGAACGGAUAUCAGACGGAGCGAAGCUCCUACGAGGACGAAAUUUCAAACAUAUCUACGCCAAUUUCAAGCCACGGCGAUCACGCUAUGGAAGCGGCAUUUGAGAAGGACGGGCCCAAUGGAUAUGGCAACAUUGCCACUCCGGAAGAACCAAUGGAUCCCAGCAAUGCGCCGAAUGGAUCGCUCGCCGAUCUAAAAGAUCCGAUACAAGUACAUCUGCUCACCGAAACUGCGCUUUACGACAGCAAACAAUAUGAAAUCCUAUCUCAAGAGGAGGUUGAUAGGCUGAAGAAACAGUGUCAGUUAUUAGAGCAACGGAUAGAACCCACAAGAGCCAAUUUGGCUAUCCAAUCGAAAUAUCGAGAUGCGGCGGUAUCGAUGGCCAAGCUUUACGCCGCCGGAAAAUCUGAAGAAGAGCUUCUGAACGAUCCUAGAGCCAAAGAGGUGGAGCUAGAGAGAGAGGCAACCGAGAAGACAUGCGAGGAAUUGUCGCGCGAACUUUUCAAUCUCGAGAAGAGUCUCUUGGGGCCUCAGAGACGUCUGCUUCAACACACAGCUGGUAUCCUCCAGCUCACUCACAAGGCAUCCAAGAGAGCUGCGGCACGAGCUUUGCAAAACGAUAACGGCAUUCCUGGUAGCCCGGAAAGCUUAUACACCUACUCUCAAGGCCGAGAUAGCAUAGCGCGUGCCAUGGAAGAGAAUUAUUUCGAAGAUCCAAACCUCUACCAGCUUGAUUUCGUCGAGGGACUGCAGCCUGGACAUCUAAAAUCGGCAAUCGAUAUACCCCUCAAGUCUCCUGUUCGAGAACAAGCUUCCCAGAUUCGAGGCGAGCUUGAUAAGGCUCGAGAGGAAAACUCAUUGCUAGUCAAUCUCGUGGCCGACAUGGAGCAAAAGCUGGAAAGCCUAAGUCUUUCGCUUCGGGAAACCAUUAUCAAAUUCAACCCUGAAGUGAACGGUGACUACCUGGAGCCUCCCCGGGAACCAGGCACUGGUGAAAUGAAGCCCGGCGACAUGCUGAGAAAGCAAAUUGACUACCUGGAAAGUGGGCUUGUUGCCGUACAAGCAGAGCAAGAGUCGUUUGUUAGCAGUGGUGGCAAUAACGGUGGUAUGUACCAGCUAGACGACGGCGCCGCCGAACGUAUCGAGUCUGUCUUGGUCGGGCUCUGGGAUAAGAUGCAGUCGGGCUUUGCUGAAAAGAAGCAACGAAACGAAGAACGCCGGAAACAUCGCGCAGACAAAGGAUUGAUGGUGGAUGACGAUGACACGUCCGACGACGAUGCAUUUGAUGCGGAUGAGACUUACAACCUAAUCGCCUUCUCUUCCAAGGUCGAAUGGCUUUACUCUCAGGCUUCGACGCUGAAGGACCAGAAGUCCGUGUUGAAGAGACAGAUCAAACAGCAGCGUGAACUCAACAACAAAACCGACGCUGAAAAGGACGAGGAGCUUGAACGAAGACAAGACGAGCUGGAUCAGACUCGCUUCCUACUCGAGCGAGCAGAAAAGGAUGCUUCUGAUGCCCAAAACAUGCUGGCAGAUGCCUUGCAAGACCUCGAAAAGGCGCAGUCAUCAUCUUCUGGUAUCUCUGAAGAAGAGCUUCGUACGCACGCUCUCAAGAUAGAAUCUCUAGAAGCUGAGAUGGCCACACGAAGCGCAAAAAUUCAAUCUUUCGAAUCCGAAAUACAAGCACGAGACGCCAGACUAGAGGCCCUGACUGCUGAACUCGAGACAGGAAAUGGAACGUCAGGUGCCCUAAGAAAUGAAAUUCAGGCGCACCAGGCUCGGGUCGAAUCUCUGGAGGCUGAAAUCCAGGAACGUAGCGAUCGUAUUGCAUCCCUUGAGGCUGAGAUUCAUACGCACAGCACUCGGGCAGAGUCUCUCGAAGCCGAAGCCCUCGCGACCGGUGUCCGACUUGAGUCACUGGAGUCAGAAAUCCAAGCACGCAGUGCUCACAUCGAAACUCUUGAAAAUAAGAUCAAGGGUCACGACACAAAUAUUGGAUCCCUUGAGGCAGAAAUUCAAUCACGAGAUGCACAAAUCAAAUCUUUGGGCUCGGAGGUCCAGGCGCAUACUGAAAGAAGCGGGUCAUUUGAGGCUCAGAUUGCUACGUUAGAAUCCGAGAAGAAGAAAUUCGCCGAGCUAAGCUCUCAGCUGGAUGGAGUUUCCAAAGAGAAGCUGGCGGCCGAAGAAAUGGCAAAGGCUCUGCAACAAGAGAUGGACGAUAUGAAGGCACACCACGCAAACAAGGAGAAUGAGAUGGCUCAGAAGGAUGCCGAUCUGGAGCAGCUGAAUAUGGCACUAGUGGAAAUCAAGACCGAGCUCACAUUUGCUAGAGCAGAGCUAGACGGCGCGUAUGGAUCUCGCGCUGAGCGUGCGGCAGAUGCGGCAGCCCUAUCGAACCAAAAUGAGAUUGUCAGGCUUACAGGCCAAGUCGAGAGGCUCAAGCAGGAGCUAGCAGGCACUGUGCAAGAUCUAGAGGCGAUAACCAAGGAGACGAUUGGAUCUGAACGCGAGAAGAUUGAUCUUGAGCAAAAGGUCGACGAGGCAAUCACAGCAAAGGCCAGCUUAGAGGCAGAUCUGGAGAAAUCCAGACACUUGAUCGCGAAGCUGCAAGAAGAUCUGGAUAGUGAACGAUUCAAAGUCGGCGUGGCACAGGGAGGUGUGACAAAGGUCGGCGCUGGUGCGGCCCUACUCAGUGAACAGUUUAGGUCGUCGAUGAGAGAGGAGCGGAAGAGAUUCCACGAGGACAUAAAGGAGGAACGCGCCAAGUACCGAAAACUGGAAGAAGAGUUGAGCCGACUGAAAAAGAGCCAAGCAGUGCCCAAAGGUCCUCCAAGUCCACAGUAAUAAUCCAUCAAGACCAACCUUGGUCCUAUGACGACGCCCUUUCCCUCCACCAUCUUGUCAUUUUUAUACACGCAUCUUAUGCCUCGUUCUUCAAAGCGUCUCUUGCUAUUCCGAUUUUUUGGCCUAUUUCAUCUUUUAAUCUUCUUGUAUAUGAUACCAACUCGUUGGGUAUUCGUUGGCUUUGGUUUGGUCCUUUGCUCUACGGAGAAGG